AUGGUUGUCAAGGAGGGCGUUAUUUCUCUGGAGUACGCUGAUUUGAAGGGGAAGAGAGUGUUCGUCAGGCUGGACCUCAAUGUUCAUCUCGACAAAAAUCAAGAUCUAGGACGGUACCAGGGUGCGCGCCGCUCUUCCCUCCAUCAAGUACUUGAUGUUCACGCCGCCAGAGUCAUCCUCUCCUUUCUCUUGGUAUUUGAUCUUUUCCCAUCUCAGCUUCAAAUCAAUCUGUUUCUAUUAGUUGAUCUGGGUAUUUGCUUCUGUAUACCAUUCGUGUCCUUCCAUUCUCAAUGA